AUCUUUCUUUUUCAAUUGAAUUUCUGCACGACAGCACAUGUGCUUGUAGUUUUUCGCCAAAAAAUAAACAUUUAAACGAUGGCCCCGCGUAAGAAUAAAGUUCAAAAGGAGGAGGUUCAAGUUUCCCUCGGCCCGCAAGUGCGCGAAGGCGAAAUAGUGUUCGGAGUCGCACACAUUUACGCCAGUUUCAAUGACACUUUUGUCCAUGUCACUGAUUUGUCGGGACGCGAAACAAUUUCCCGUGUCACGGGUGGCAUGAAAGUGAAGGCAGAUCGUGACGAGGCCUCACCCUACGCUGCUAUGUUGGCUGCCCAAGAUGUCGCCGAAAAGUGCAAAACGCUCGGAAUCACCGCAUUGCACAUCAAAUUGCGUGCCACUGGCGGAAAUAGAACCAAGACCCCCGGACCAGGAGCUCAGUCGGCAUUGCGUGCAUUGUCUCGUUCAUCCAUGAAGAUUGGACGUAUUGAGGAUGUCACUCCAAUUCCAUCGGAUUCCACUCGCAGAAAGGGAGGUCGUCGUGGUCGCCGUUUGUAAACAACAACAACAAUUUGCGAAUUUCCGAUAUUCAAUUCAAUUCAUUGUCAUCUGAUUUUCAAUUUUGCAACAAUUUACUUUGGAUGCAAAUGAAAUAAAGGAAGUUACUUCAA